UAUCCCGAGCGCAGCACCAACAGCGCAACACCCUGCCAUCGCUAAACAACCAGGAGAACGGGCCGCUCUGGGCGCCUGGCCCAUGGCAGCGGGCUACUACGUAGUACGUAGAGUUGGAACUGGGGGCACAUAGUAAGUGUCCUAGGGCCGCAUUAGGAAUGCAGCCUCCUGCAUGGUGCAUGGUGCAUGGUGCACAACCAGGCCGAGACAAGGCAGUGAGCCGAGGUGGGAGCAGAUGCCAAACCAGCAGCCCGGAGACUGACCGUCGCACUGGGACGGGCGGGACAGAGCCAGGUUUAUCAUUCGUACUCGCGGGCGUGCAGAGUCACAAUGGGAUUUUCCCGUGCGAACACCCGACUUUCUCAGGACCGCUCGUGGAUAUCAUGUGGGUGGACGUCACGCCCGGCCGUCGAAACCCGGCAAACGGACGAACCAACAAUCUGCCAUGAAGAAGGUUGGGUGUAUUUUCCAGAUCGUUCCGAGACCAUCAUGGAUGCGAUUCGGGAGGUUUGGCAUUGUCUGGAUCGGAUGUUGACCCAGGAAUCGGGUCCCGGGGAUACGGACUUUCAAGGGAAACGCUGGAGUGCGACAUCCUCGGAAUCAAACACCGACAAUGAUUCAACCUUUGUUAGUUCCCGACACCAUUUCUCCCUACUGCGUAGAGAAACUUAUCCGUACUUCCGUACUCCAUGCGGAUACACUGCGAGAGGGAUAUUUGCCGAAAAAGGGUUGCCUGCCGGUACGAAAUGGGCUAAUGGUGAAGACCCUGUCGAGAGUCCCGACCAACAGUCCUUGUGGGAUCAGGAACAGUGAGUGAGCGGCAGAAGGUCCGUGGCAGCGAGGUGCUAGGCACUUCGUUAGCGACGUGGAGCAGAGUGGAUCUAGGAAGGGAAUGUCCGAUUGAGGACGGAUGAAUAAUCGAAAAAUCGCAGAAACAAGCGAUAGUGCCCUGUCGAUCAUAGGCCUGAGCGAUCGAUGCACGCGGGAAGCGGCAGGUCAAUCGACCGAGAUGGAGAACGGAGAUGGGCGGCUGCGUGGGACGCAGCGGGGGGGUCGUUAUGUAUCGGGAUGAUGACGACGCAGGU